AUGUCGGGGGCAACUGCAGCAAAAGGAAAGAAGCAGGCAAACAAGAACGCCUAUAGGCGCGCGAAGAAGAAGGCACAUCGCUCUGAGACACCAUCCGAAGCUGGCGACUCUGCGCGUGAGAGCGAAUCCGCUGAACCAGAAAGCGACACCAAUAACGAUGUACAGGCGGUGAAGUCUGCGGACUUGGUUGACGUCGACGACAUCGCGAAUCAGUACGAUCUAGACAACCCGCUGUUCGAGCAGUAUAAAGACAUAUUUGAGAAGUUUAGAGAACGAACUGAGGAGGAGGUUGCUACCAAAGACGAAGAAAAGCCGGAGAUCUACUACAGCGACAAUGACGACGUCAGCGAGGAAGAGGAUGGCACACCAAAGAUCUCUAAGAAACAGCGGAAGGCCAUGAGCAAGCUCUCAGUUGCUCAGUUGAAGUCUUUGGUCAACAAACCCGAGCUGGUAGAAUGGACUGACGUGUCUUCCUCGGACCCGCAGCUAUUAGUGGCCAUCAAAGGAGCCAAAAACGUCAUCCCUGUACCGACGCAUUGGUCUCUGAAGCGAGAGUACCUGUCCUCGAAGCGAGGUAUCGAGAAGCCGCCUUUUGCGCUGCCGAAGUUCAUUCAAGAGACUGGUAUUGCCGAGAUGCGUGAUGCUGUCCUUGAGAAGCAGGCAGAGAUGACGAUGCGACAAAAGCAGCGUGAGCGCGUUCAAGGAAAGCUCGGCAAACUCGAUAUCGAUUACUCGAAGCUUUACGACGCUUUCUUCCGACGACAGACGAAGCCCGAGUUGACACGGUACGGAGAGGUAUAUUACGAAGGCAAGGAGUUCGAGACCAACCUCGUGAACCUCAAGCCGGGCGAAUUGAGCGAGGAGCUGAGAGAGGCCCUCGGCAUGGCACCUGGCCACCCACCGCCAUGGCUUAUCAACAUGCAACGUUUUGGCCCGUCACCUUCCUAUCCCAACAUGCGCAUUCCCGGUGUCAAUGCGCCCAUUCCUCCAGGCGCUUCUUGGGGAUUCCAGCCCGGCCAGUGGGGUAAACCUCCAACCGACGAUGCCGGUCGACCGCUGUUUGGUGGCGAUCUCUAUGGUACCAGCGUUCUCGAGGAGCAGCAGCAGCCCACACACGAAGGUGAGCCCGUUGAGCGCACAACAUGGGGCGUAUUGCGCGCUGAAGGCGAGAGUGAGGACGAAGAGAGCGACGAAGAGGAGGAUGAGGAUGAAGAAGAGGAGGACGAAGAGGAGGACGCAAGUGGGAUUCAGACGUCGAUGACUGGCGCUGCAUCUGCCAUGCCAUCGGAGAUUGGUGGCACAGAAAGCAUUGGUGGCGAGUUCACACUUCGCAAGCAGCGUAAAGGUAUCGAAACCGAAGAACCAGGUGCACCGCGAAGCGCAUACCAAGUCCUUCCUCAGAAGAACAUUUCGGCAUCGGGUUUCUUCGGUGGCGAGCACGCUUACGAUCUCGAUGCAGCGAAGAGGGACCAGCUCGGAGCGGCGCAGAGGAAACGAAAGGUGGGCGAUGUUGACAUCUCUGUGGACGUGGACCAGUUGGCGGAUAGCGACAAGCUGGACAAGGAUGCUCUGAAGAAGGAGUACGAGUCGAGGCAGCGAGCGGAAGCUGCAGGACAGUGGCAAAGCAUUGAUCAAGACGAUCUGGCCGACAUGAUAGCGUCGGAGAGCAGAAAGAGGGUCAAGAGGGAAUCAGAACGUGGUGGCAAGCGGUAG